GCUCGUGGGCGGGGCUGGCGGAGGGCAGCCGGCUCCGGGGUAUAUAAAGGGCAGGUGCGCGGCCGCAUUGCCUCUCGGGGAUCGGGCUGGCGGCUUUUUCUUUGUCUGCUUCGGCUGAGCGAACGCUGCGUCGUCGCCUUUGAGACCGUAAGGGGAGCACACCUGAAACAGAGAAAAAUGCCAGUCAUCAGAAGUUUGAGUCGCGCUGUCAAGCAAGUGUUACAGAAACCUGGCUGUGGCUGUCAGGUUGCUGUUGUGCCGGUCAGGUGUAUUGGUUUCUCGCCCCGUCAGGUAACUUCAGAUGCCAGCUUCCAUUCAGUAUCAUUUUCAGAAACGGAUCACCCUCGUGUAUUAAUUACAGGGGGACUAGGCCAACUUGGAGUAGGACUUGCUAAGCUCUUGAGAAAACGCUUUGGAAGAAACAACGUGAUCUUGUCUGAUAUUAGAAAGCCCCCUGAUAAUGUCUUCCAUAGUGGUCCUUUCAUCUACUCUGACAUUUUGGACUACAAGAAUCUCCGUGAGAUAGUAGUGAACAACCGGAUCACAUGGCUCUUUCAUUACAGCGCAUUGCUCAGUGCUGUUGGAGAAGCAAAUGUCCCUUUGGCAAGAUCAGUCAACAUCACUGGCUUGCACAACAUUCUCGACAUUGCGGCUGAGCACAGCUUGCGGCUCUUUGUCCCCAGCACAAUUGGAGCUUUUGGACCCACUUCCCCUAGGAACCCGACCCCUGAUCUCUGCGUCCAAAGACCAAGGACAAUCUACGGUGUCUCAAAGGUUCAUGCUGAGCUCAUGGGAGAAUACUACCAUUACAGGUAUGGGCUGGAUUUCCGGUGCUUGAGGUAUCCUGGCAUUAUCUCAGCUGAUUCGCAGCCUGGUGGGGGAACAACUGACUACGCAGUCCAAAUCUUCCAUGAUGCUAUAAAAACUGGCAAGUUCCAGUGCAACCUCAAACCAGACACCCGCCUCCCCAUGAUGUACAUUGAUGACUGCCUGAGAGCUACUCUGGAGAUCAUGGAAGCCCCUGCCGAGUUGCUGAGCAUGAGGACUUACAACAUCAGUGCCAUGAGUUUUACUCCUGAGGAGCUGGCUCAAGAGGUCCAGAAGUAUAUUCCAGAGCUUGAAGUUGUCUACAGUGUGGAUGCUGUCAGGCAGGCCAUUGCUGACAGUUGGCCAAUGAUCUUUGAUGAUAGCAACGCUCGCCAAGAUUGGGGAUGGAAACACGAUUAUGAUCUUCCUGAACUGGUGACCACAAUGUUCAGCUUUCUUGGCUCUGGCCACUCCGUUUCCAGUACAUUAUUCAGGAAAAAUGGGGAAUAAGAAAAUGGAUUUUCCAGGCUGAAACACUGCUAAAAAAAUGGUCAGGUACUAAAUCCUGGGUCUAUUUUAUUUGUAACCCAGCUUUCAGUCCACUGUGGUUCCUCAAGGUGUAGCUAAUAAUAUAACCUUGUCAUUUUUAUAUUCAGCAACAUUACUGGGUGAGAUUCUCAUCAGGUGAUGUGCAUUUUAUUAAACUUGGAUUAAGUUUUUCAGCCGUCCUGCUUUGAAUUUGCCUGUCAGUGUUGGCUUCUAGGGAAUCCCUCUGGGGAUCACUGCCAAUUGAUCCUGUGUGGCUUCUAGCUGCCAUAGGAACAUAGGAAGCUGCCAUAUACUGAGUCAGACCAUUGGUCUAUCUAGCUCAGUAUUGUCUACCCAGACCGGCAGCGGCUUCUCCGAGGUUGCAGGCAGGAAUCUCUCUCAGCUCUAUUUUGGAGAAGCCAGGGAGGGAACUUGGAACCUUCUGCUCUUCCCAGAGCGGCAGCUCCAUCUCCUGAGGGGAAUAUCUUACAGUGCUCACACUUCUGGUCUCCCAUUCAUAUACAACCAGGGUGGACCAUGCUUAGCUAAGGGGACAAGUCUUGCUUGCUACCACAAGACCAGCUUUCAUGUUUUCCAAGUGGAAAUGUUCAUUGUUUCAAGCAACCAUGGCACCUAGGCUUUGUAGCACUGGAAGCUGCCUUGAGCAACAGGGGAAGGCAAUGGCAGUAGAAAGGGAAAAGCUGAAGAUUCUUAAGGCAAACUGGAGGGCCUGAUGGGGCCCUCACUGUGAGGAACAGGACUAUGUGGUGAACGGAUACCCAAGAAGCUCACCACAAGCUUCUCGCAGAUUGCCAACCAGCUGAGCUUUCAUUGCGGUUGAUAUUGGCCAUCAAACUCAAGACAACAUUAGAUCCAUGUGACCUCAUCAAAUAUAGACCAGUGUUAAACUUGUUCUUUUGGAUAAAGUGGCUAAGCCUCCAAAGGCAGGACAGCUCUAGGAAUUUGUGGAUGCUGCAGAUUACUUUGAUCCCUGUCUCUCUGGUUUGGGGACUGAAGUUGAGCUGACCGCUGUGGUGGACAACUUGCAUCAGGGGAAUAUGAGAAUGAUCUUUCUAAUUCUCUAGGAAAUCUCAGCAGUUUUCAGUACCAUCUCUCUGGUAUCCUUCUGGACCACCAGUGUAGGUUGGGUGCUGGAGGCAUUGCACUGCGGUGGCUCCUCUCCUAUCUCUUAGGGAAGCACCUUCAGGUUCUAGGAGACCAUUAUUCCCCAUGGGAAUUGUCCUUUGGAAUACCAUAAGGUUCAGUUUCAUCUCCCAUGCUGCUUUACUUCUACAUGAUGCCUAACUUCUCCUUUUUAUCUGAUCUAAGUAAAGAGUGGGUUGUCUGAACAUGUGCUUGAGGCCAGUAAUGGACUGGAUGUUGCUGAAUGAACAGGGACUUAGUCCAGAUGGGAUGGAGAUAUAAUAGUGAGUGGUCUGCCCAAUCAAGAGACACAUGCAGUGUUCUACCUUUUCUUAUUGUGCAACUUAAAAAACCAAACUUUUUUUUCUUAGAUCUUGAUGUUUGUGUCUUUGCAAUUUCUGACUUAGUGCAUUGCAUUCUCCCAAUGUAGAUGAUUUCUAUCCUCUGGUUUUGUUCUUGCUUAUGGAAAGGCAUUUCUUCCAGCAUCAUAUUCAUUUGUGAAGACCUUAAUGCUGAAGGAUGUCUUCUACAGACCUAACUUAUUAGUAGGUACAGGAUAUGCAUAUUUUCAGUUUUGAUAUACAAUAUGUACCUCUAAAUAUUUAAGCUGAAAUAUUGUCUGGUCUGUCUCUGUGUAUAUUGGCCAUGUCUCCAGACUUUGCCUAUAAUUGCAGCUGUAAGAAGAACUUGAACUUAUGGUCACUACUGAAGCUACCAUGUGAUUCAAAUUAUCAUAUUUGGCCCAAUGGGUCUGCAAAGCUGAUCUCAUAAAGUUUUAGGGUAUCAUUAGCGUAUCUUUAAGCUUCCAAAAGUGACUCCCCCUGCACAAAAUUAACUCCUUGUGUUGAAAACAGCAAUGUCAACUGAGAAGUAUCAUUAUAAAGAGUGUGCUUUUCUAAUUCUAGAAUGCCCUCUCCCAAAAAAAUAUUAGAAGUAAUCAAUAAUGGCUAUUUGAAUAAAAUUCAGAUUGCAAAGA